AUGGCAUCCAUUAUCCCGCGAGCAUGGAAACGGCUGCGGCUGUCAAAGACGAGUGGUUGGGUAUGCAAUGACUGCAGGAGGACAUUCGCCACGAGCAGAGUACAGCGACAGCAACAACCGCCUGCAUCGGGUCAACAUGAAAGUCAAGAUCCCAAGAGCACCCACUUUGGCUUCCAGACUGUGACGGAGGAGCUCAAAGCAGGCAGAGUCGCCAACGUCUUCUCCUCCGUCGCCUCCUCCUACGACACGAUGAACGACCUCAUGUCCCUCGGCAUCCACCGCCUGUGGAAAGAUCACUUCGUCCGCUCCCUCAAUCCCGGUAGUCGCAAUAGCGUAGAAGGUCAAAAAAUUUUGGACAUUGCAGGAGGUACGGGUGAUAUCGCCUUCCGAAUGCUCGACCACGCCUCAAAUAUCAACCACGACAAUCAAACCAGCGUCCUGGUCUCCGAUAUAAACCCCGAGAUGCUUGGGGAAGGCAGGAAGAGAUUUGCCACCUCGCCGUAUAAGGCAGCGGGACGUGUGGCAUUCCUCGAGGCCAAUGCGGAAGACUUAUCUGCUAUCAAUGAUAGUAGUAUAGACCUCUACACAGUAGCCUUCGGCAUCCGAAACUUCACAUACAAGCAAAAGGCACUCGAAGAAGCGUAUCGUGUGCUCAAACCGGGAGGCGUCUUCGCCUGUCUAGAGUUCACCCCUCAACUUCGCAACCCCGUCAUGAACGCCAUCUACAAACGCUGGAGUUUCGGCGCUAUACCGUUGAUUGGGCAGGUGGUGGCAGCGGAUAGGGAUAGUUAUCAAUAUCUUGUUGAAAGUAUUGAGCGCUUUCCCAGUCAAGAGGAGUUCGCGGGGAUGAUUCGGAAGGCUGGGUUUCUUUUGCCUGGGCACGGAGGUGAGGAGGAGGGUAUGCAGGGCGCGUGGGAGGAUUUGACUAUGGGUAUCGCGGCUAUCCAUAAGGGUGUCAAGCCGGCGUAG